GAUGGCGUCAGCUGCUUCUUUUAAGAUCUAUCUACCACUGGUGGCUGCAACCAAUCUCUACCUUUUUGGUCAUUUGAUUGACUAUUUAUACUUCAGGUUUGGCUCCGUUGUCAAUGUUCUAAAAUAACCGUUAUACACGCUGGGCAGGACCCUCUUCAUCGGCUUUCAGCUUACGGGAACCCGUGGAAGCUCAAAGCUUUGAGCUCUCCAACCCUUCGUUCGCCAAUUAUUGUUCCGUUCAACCAUUGUCCUUGACUAUCCUCCCAACAUGGCUCCUUUACGUUUACGCAUCGAAGGCCAUAAAUUCUACGAUACACAUAAUCGGGAAGUGACUUUACGAGGGAUCAAUGUCGCAGGAGACGCAAAGUACCCUAGAAGACCGGACCUUCCGUCUCAUAUUGCCGAGGCCUUCUACGAUGGUGACAAUGUUUCCUUUGUUGGUCGGCCGUUCAGCGUAGAUGAAGCAUCGAUACAUUUUGGCAGGCUACGAAAGUGGGGUUACAAUACAAUUCGAUAUAUCUUUACUUGGGAAGCAAUUGAGCAUUCCGGACCGGGCAAGUAUGAUGACGAAUGGGUUGCAUUUACAAUUGAGGUUCUGCGCUUGGCUAAGCAGCACAAUUUCUACGUGUUCAUGGAUCCUCAUCAAGAUGUCUGGUCUCGAUUCUCUGGAGGAUCUGGUGCCCCCCUCUGGACAUUGUACGCCGCAGGGUUUAACCCCAAAAAUUUCAACAAGACUCAAGCGGCUCUGGUUCAGAACACAUGGCCUGAUCCCGCUUCGUUUCCUAAGAUGAUUUGGAGUACCAAUUACACUCGGCUUGUAUGCCAAACCAUAUUUACUUUAUUCUGGGCUGGAAGGGAUUUUGCUCCAAAAGCAAUAAUUGACGGUCAAAAUAUCCAAGACUAUUUACAAGGGCGUUUUAUCGCGGCCUGCAGAUAUCUAGCCCAGAAAAUUCAUGAGGCGGGAGAUCUAGAGGAUGAGGUUGUUAUUGGAUGGGAGAGUAUGAAUGAGCCAAACCGUGGACUAGUCGGCUACCAAGACAUUUCUGUUAUUCCCGCCGAGCAACAACUUCAAAUGGGCACAUCACCUACAGCAUUUCAGGCUAUUUUAACAGGAUCUGGGCGUGCUUGUGAAGAGACUACCUGGGAUUUUGGGAGUUUCGGCCCUCGCCAGACGGGCCGUGAACUCAUCGAUCCUGAAGGAGAGUCUGUCUGGCUGCCAGCUGAUUUUGAUGACACGGUUUAUGGUUGGAAGCGGGAUCCAGGGUGGAAGUUGGGCGAGUGCAUAUGGGCGCAGCAUGGAGUGUGGGAUCCUUCGUCAGACGAGUUGCUUCAGAAAGAUUAUUUCUCUAAAAACCCCAAGACUGGAGAACCUCUGAACUACGAUAGAUUCACCAAUACAUAUUUUGUUCAGCAUUACCGAGCUUACCGGGAUGCAAUUCGAAGUGUUCACCCAGGGUCAAUACUAUUUUGCCAGCCUCCGGAUGACGAUCCGAAUAUGGUGCAUGCUGUGCAUUACUAUGACGGGCUCACCCUUCUGACGAAACAUUGGAACCGUAUGUACAAUGUUGAUGUUAUCGGUGUACUUCGGGGUAAGUACAUGACUCCCGCAUUCGGGAUCAAAAUAGGCGAGACUGCAAUCCGAAAUUGUCUUCGAAACCAGCUCAAGUUUUUACGUGACGAGAGUUUUGAGAACAUGGGAGAUCACCCUCUGCUCUUUACCGAGAUUGGCAUUCCCUACGACAUGGAUGAUAAGCACGCGUACAAAACUGGCGAUUACAGUAGUCAGAUCAGCGCAAUGGAUGCGAAUCACUUCGCACUAGAAGGAAGCACCUCAAAUGGCUUUACAUUGUGGCUAUACAUGACUCAGAAUGACCACCAAUGGGGAGAUCAAUGGAAUGGAGAAGAUCUGUCAAUAUUUUCAAACGAUGACUACGAGCUUCCCAGCGCCGAGUCUCUCAAGGGUAGUGCAAGAAUGUCGCUGAACCGAAAUUCUCCAUCGUUCUCACGAAGUCGGAGUAUUGCUGACGGCGGGAAAGUGGCUGCCCAUAACAUCAGAACUGUUACUGAGUCACCAGUUAUAUCGCCCCAAUCAUCACGAACUCUAACGGAGCCUGAAGGAAAACCUGGUUUCAGAGCUGCCGAGGCCUAUGUUCGUCCUAGCCCAAUUUAUACGUGUGGCGAUCUUUUAAAAUACGAGUUUGAUCUCAAAAAUUGCACUUUUACUGUUUCAGUCAAUGCGGAAAAGCCGACUCCCCAGGAUGCGCCCACGGAAAUUUACUUGCCGGAGUUUCAUUUCCCCAAGUCGGAAACAGUCGUAUAUAUAAGCGGUGGAAAAUGGUCUAUUGAAACCCAAGAUGAGAUUUCUAGCUCCUUUCAAGUUCUGAAAUGGUGGCAUGCUGAGGGCGAUCAAGAUAUCAAAGUUGAAGGGGUCAAACAUAAGGCGAGUGAUCUACUUGCGAGCUAUGAGGAUGAGUCGUAUCUUGAGCAGUGCCAAAAGAAUAAUUGCAUGGUAAUGUAAUAUGCAGAUGAUAUAAGAUACUUUGUCUUUCGGUUUUACUUUAUGUUUGUUUCGUUACUAUUUACAUUGUUAGCGUUGGAAGCCUGUAUCAAGAAGCCCUUAGUAGGUCGCAUUGUGGUCAAAAUUUAAGCCGAUACCAUGUCAUCAUUAAUUGGAUUUUCU